AUGGCUUCAUCCGGCAGUGGCGUGGAGGAGGUGCGCGUCUCGGUGUUGACCCCGCUCAAGCUGGUGGGGCUGGUAUGCAUCUUCCUGGCAUUGUGUCUGGAUCUGGGAGCCGUGCUGAGCCCGGCCUGGGUGACGGCCGAUCACCAGUCUUAUCUGUCCCUCUGGGAGUCCUGCAACAAACUCGGCAACCCGGAGACCUGGCGCUGCAAAACUACCUUGAACAGCGAUUGGCAGAUUGCUACCCUUUCUAUGCUGUUGGGUGGUGCUGCCAUAAUUCUUAUAGCUUUCUUGGUUGGACUAAUUUCUAUCUGCGUGGGAUCACGGAGGAGGUUCUACAGGCCCGUCGCUGUCAUGCUGUUUGCAGCAGUGGUUCUUCAGGUCUGCAGUCUUGUCCUUUACCCAAUCAAGUUCAUUGAGACUGUCAACUUAAGAAUAUACCAUGAGUUCAACUGGGGCUAUGGCCUGGCUUGGGGUGCAACUAUAUUUUCAUUUGGGGGUGCCAUACUUUAUUGUCUGAACCCUAAGAACUAUGAAGACUACUAUUAA